GUGAGCGGGCAAAGUUGUGGAUAAAAAAUAUAUAACCUGGGAGGAGAAAUCAAGUCCCCAGCAAAUAAAAGUGAAUGUGGUGGGUGGGGCUACUGUGAUUGGUACUUUCCAUUUGAUCGCCGUAUGAAUCAGACGAUGUUCAGAUUAAAUUUCACAGCGACGUUUGUUUCAAAAAAAAGUUUUGUUAUUUAUAUCAGUGGCGGUAUAAGUGAUUAUGUUGUAAGAUUCCCCCUCAUGUUGUUUACUCCCCAAACUGACCAGGAAUGUUGGAUAUACAGCGAACCAGGUAUUUGCUCAAAUGAAGUGGAUACAACAUGUACAAUUGAAAACUGGAUCGACGUGGAUGGCAGUGGGGCAACAGAUAUAGGGAUGUCAUUCGAAUGCCAGCCUUCUGUAUAUCAACUUAUCAAGUAACAUUCACUUACGAAUACAUCGAUUGUAAAACAGGAAAAAGACUUGAACCACCAACUACCAUGGCCCUACCGCAUUCCAUGGUCCUACCUACUACCCCGGCCCUAGAGACUGACGCAGCCCUACAGACUACCACAGCCCUACAGACUACCACAGCCCUACAGACUACCACAGCCCUACAGACUGACACAGCCUUACAGACUACCACAGCCCUACAGACUACCACAGCCCUACAGACUACCACAGCCCUACAGACUACCACAGCCCUACAGACUACCACAGCAUUACAGACUACCACAGCCCUACAGACUACCACAGCCCUACAGACUGACACAGCCUUACAGACUACCACAGCCCUACAGACUGACACAGCCCUACAGACUACUACGGCACCAACUACCCAGGCAAACAAACCCAACCAGACAACCUUUAACUCUGUUUCCACUGAAUCAGACACCGGCAAUAACUCUAUCACAACGAGUUUGAUAAUAAUUGGAUCCAUGAUAGCAUUGUUGGUAGCCGUUGCAUUUGGAGUUAUGGUUUAUCGUAAAAUCAGACCACAAGGCCAGGAAGAAAAUAUUGCAAUGUCGACCCCAACUCGGGAGUACGAAGAGAUUCACGAACCGGUAAAUGAGGAAGGUUAUCUCUCACCAAUGGCAAACCCCAACGUAUCAAUUCAAAUACCGAUUGUAGAGGAAGCAUACGCUGAUCCUGAUUAUAUUGUCCCAGAGGAUAUUCAUCCCCCACCUAUACCCGACCCGAUGUACGACAGAGUAGAAUUGCUGCCUCCUGACAACCUGCGUAUAGGUCCUGCUGUCUCCUCAAACCUCGGCAGUUCUCGUCAAAAUCCAAGUGUCGAAGGCGUUUAUAACGAGCCCGAUUAUGCUCCACCAGGAAAUAUUUCUGCCCCGCCUAUUCCCAUGCAUGAGGGCAUUGGUGUGCCAACUUCCAGUGCCACACCCAAUUUUCAGUUGACGCCGCUUCCAAAUUCUGAAGUACAGGUUUCACUUAUGAUCCGCUUAAAUCCUGGCAUUUCUUGUCAAGUUAAGAGUUCUGAUGACAGAACAAAUCCAGACACCUCCCCAGAAAAUAUUGCCACCUCCCCAGAAAAUAUUGCUGCACCACCCAUGUAUGGAGGCGAAAGGGUGACACCACCCUGCAACCCACCCCACCCCCAAACGAAUCUGCCUCUUAACCCUACUGUCUCCUCAAACCCUGGCACUCCCUGUGCCAGUGUUGAAGGCGUUCAUGACGGGCCGGAUCAUGCCCCACCGGAAAAUACUACUGUCCCACCCAUAUACGAUGACCCUUUGGCCAUUAACACUCCAGGAAAUAUUACUGUCCCACCCAUAUACGGUGACCCUUUGGCCAUUAACCCCCCAGGAAAUAUUACUGCCCCACCCAUAUACGAUGACAAUUUGGCCAUUAGCCCUUCCGUUUACGAUGAUAUAGCCUAG